AUGUCAAUGUGCGCUCUGCCUCUGCUCUUCAUAAAUCUUGGAGGAGAGAUGCUCUACAUUCUGGAACAGCGUUUACAGAACACGCCUGCAGAUGGCACCGACAAAGGGCUGUGGACAGAUGGAGACCGCCGGAGAGUUCUGAACGACAUUGUGGGCACACUGUUCAGCAAAGCAUUCUUGGAUGAGCUGUUUAAACCACAGCAGUUGUAUUCUCACAGAACGAUGAAGACUGUUCUGUCCAGACUGGCCCAAGGAUCCAUCAUGAGACUCAACCCAGCCUCCAUGGACCGGUUGUAUGAGUUGAUAGUGAUGACAUUGAAGUACCAAGUGAUCCUUUGCCCUCGGCCCAGAGACCUGCUCCUGAUUUCCUACAAUCAUCUGGACUCAACCAAACGCUUGGUCCAAGACACACCUGGAGUCCUCAACCAGGUCCAUGAAGCCCACCGCAGGGUCAUUGAGGCUUACACUCGUCUGCCUCCUGGAGAACUGCAGCUCCUCAGACAAACUCUGCUCAACUUUUGUGAGGACUUCCACAUCAGAGUCUCGCUGUUCCUGAAGAGUCAAAUCCAAAACCCAAACGGUCGAUUUGUUUUAGCCACAAGUGGACCAGUGCCUCAGGGAGUGGAGGUGCCAGGACUCAUCAGAGUGUUCGACUGCAGAGGCCGAGAGGUGCAGCGUUGUGAGUUUCCUACAGGGGGCGACUACAUCAGUCCAACCAGAGAGGGCAGUUUUGACCUGUAUGGAGACAGAGUCCUCAGGCUGGGGUUAAACAUAUACAGCAGUGUGAGCCCUGAGGAGACGCACACCUCCAACACAAAGACAGAGUCCAGACCGGUUUUCUUGGCCAAAGAGGAGCUGAACCUUCUGUCACGGCUCAUGGGGACGCUCAAGUCCGAGUCCGAGACUGGGUCUAGACCUGGUCCAGAGAAGAGUUUUAGGAUCAGCCUCUUCCCCAGCGACCAGGAAGUGGAUGAAGUAGGAGCAGAGGGAGGAGCAGAGGAGUUUUUGGGCGGAGUCAUCCACAUCCAGGCCAUGCAGGAUGUGGCUGCCGCCUCAGAGCUGGCUCAGAUCCUGGGACAGUUCACAGAAAAACAAGAAAAACAAGAAAGUGAAAGUGAAACCAAAGGGGCCGAGCUGCUGGCCCUCAUGGAUGAGCUCGAAUGA